GCCUGGGCCUCGUCCUCGGCGGCUGAGGCGGGCGGGGGGAUCGGUCCGGGGGCGGUGCUGCGGGAGCCUCCCUGCCGGCGGGGUCUCCGUCGCCGCGAAGGCUCUCGGGCGACGCCCGGGGCAGCCGUCUCCGGGACAGGAAUGUCAUGCUUUUAAACAAGAGAUAAAUCAUCUCAAUAGUGAGAGCCAGUCUGAACAAUGGAUUGAUGGAGAUGUGCAGCAAAAUGGGUUGAGUGAGUGCAGCACUAACUUACUCUGCUUUGAUCUUGCCCUGUCUCCACUUCUGCUUCAAAGAGAAGAAAUCCAUGUGUAAAUGGGUUUAAGUUGGCAGCAAAGAGCGGACACCCUCUGUUGGAAUUCUGCUUUUAUCAUGUUGUCUUACCAGUGCUGGCUGAGCUGAAACUUCUGGCUUCCUGGGGAGAGCAUGUAUAAAAGGAAUGACUUCAUGGCCAAUGUGAUGGUCACCUCUGCCACUCCAGAGGGUAGUAGCAGCUCAGAUUCCCUGGAAGGGCGAAGUUCAGAUUAUGCCAAUAAAAGCUAUGAUGCAGUUGUAUUUGAUGUAUUGAAAGUAACUCCUGAGGAGUUUGCUAGCCAGAUUACAUUAAUGGAUAUGCCAGUAUUUAAAGCUAUACAGCCUGAGGAGUUAGCCAGCUGUGGGUGGAAUAAGAAAGAAAAACAUAUCCUCGCUCCAAAUAUUGUUGCCUUCACUAGGAGGUUUAACCAGGUCAGUUUUUGGGUUGUACGAGAAAUAUUAACAACACAGACCUUAAAAAUAAGGGCAGAAAUACUGAGCCAUUUUGUGAAAAUUGCUAAAAAGCUUCUAGACCUCAAUAACCUUCAUUCUCUUAUGUCUGUGGUGUCAGCACUGCAAAGCGCACCUAUCUUCAGACUGACCAAAACCUGGGCUCUUUUGAAUCGCAAAGACAAGGCCACCUUUGAGAAGUUAGACUAUUUACUGUCUAAAGAAGAUAAUUAUAAAAGAACACGAGAGUACAUCAGAAGCCUAAAAAUGGUUCCUACUAUUCCAUACUUAGGAAUUUAUCUCUUGGACUUAAUCUACAUUGAUUCUGCAUAUCCUGCUUCAGGCAGCAUUAUGGAGAAUGAACAAAGGUCCAAUCAAAUGAACAAUAUUCUCCGAAUAAUAGCUGAUCUGCAAGUCUCCUGUAACUACGAUCAUCUCACAACACUGCCCCAUGUGCAAAAAUAUUUGAAGUCUGUCCGUUACAUAGAAGAACUUCAGAAAUUUGUAGAAGAUGACAAUUAUAAGGAAUCACCAACAACGAACAGGUUUCAGAGAUACCAUGAUGCAACUACUGCAGAAUCUUUUUCCUCCCCCAGGAGUAUAAGAAGUAAUCUGAGGAGAGUGCUUGUCCCCAGAUUAUCAUUAAAAAUUGAGCCAGGUAACAGCUCUCCUCGACUGGUUUCCUCUAAAGAAGAUCUUGCAGGUCCAUCUGAAGUGUCAGCAAUUAUGAAAUUCAGCAGGAGACCAACAUGUCCUGAUGCCUCAGUAGCAGCAAGUCUUCCUACACCUCCAGUACCAAGGCACAGGAAGAGUCACAGCCUGGGAAACAACAUGAUGUGUCAAUUCAGCAUAGUGGAGAGCAAAAGUGCCACCUUCCCGACGGAGAAGCCACGCCACCUUCUGGAUGACAGUGUCCUGGAGUCGCACAGCCCAGCCCGCAGCCACGCACUGAACUCAGUUUUCACCAAUGGCAUUUCAAUAGAUAGCAGUGAAAGCUCAGAAUUUAGUGAGGAGCUGUCAUCAGGGCUUGAAAGGGGUCGUUUGUACGCCACACUUGGGCCUAACUGGAGGGUACCAAUCCGGAAUUCUCCCAGGAGUCGAAGCUGUGUCUACAGCCCAACAGGGGCCGGCAGCUACACAUUAGGUAGUUCUACAGGAGUCAUUUCCAUGGAAGGGCCAUUAAGGAGAAAAACACUGCUCAAAGAAGGCAAGAAACCUACUCUCUCUUCAUGGACUAGAUAUUGGGUUAUGCUUUCAGGAUCAACUCUUCUGUACUUUGGAGCAAAAUCUUUACGAGGCACUGAAAGAAAACAUUAUAAAUCUACACCUGGUAAAAAGGUUUCCAUUGUGGGCUGGAUGGUUGCACUGCCUGAUGACCCUGAACAUCCUGAUAUUUUCCAGCUAAAUAACCCUGAUAAAGGCAAUGUUUACAAAUUCCAGACUGGUUCAAGGUUUCAUGCAAUAUUAUGGCAUAAGCAUUUGGAUGAUGCAUGCAAAAGCAACAAACCUCAGGUACCUGCUAAUCUAAUGUCAUUUGAAUAAUUUGCUCUCUUACCUGCUGUGACUUCAAGUGCCAAACUGAAGAAACAGGUUAUUGUUCUCUAAGGAGGAAGAGGAGAAAAGAAUGGUUUCCCUGAUGUGAGCCAGCCACAGCUGUUUCAGCACUUUCCUAUGUAACUUGAAAGUGAUUCUGAAACAUCUUUUAAAAGCAGAAAAUGAAUGUUGUCCUUAGGACCAGACAUAGUCUCAUGCACUGAGUGAAAGAAAAGUUAGAUGGACAGAAAAUUAAUCCUGACUCCUGCAGGAUUCUAGAGCACUCAACUUUUUGUGGUCACAGACUGUCCCUGAACUGAUGUUUGACCACAAACUGAGCAUCACAUCUUCUGCCUAUCCUUUUUUAAACGGUUAUUUUUAUUGUUAAGCUGCUUUGUGUGACUGAAGAACAUUUGGCCCAUGUUGGGUUUCAAUUCUUUCUAAUGCACAGAAUGAUUGACAGUGUUAACUUGCUGCAGAGUGUCAAUUAGAAUAGAAAAUUGUGGAACAACGUUUUUAUAACCUAAGUGCACUGAGUUGCUUGGCAAUGUGGCUGCCUCAGAUUUUGUAUCAAAUCUCUGGACAAUUCUGCUGUUCACAUUUGAGCUAUUUGGAAAAAAGGUAUUUUGGCACAGGGCAUUUUCUUUUCAUUCCGUUAUGACACUCAGAAAUGCCAUGACUAUGUAUUUAAGGUGUAUGUUUUUAAAUUUAUGUUGUGUUAAAGGUCGUCUUUCAUUCUCUUACUAGUGGUAUGGCUGCUUACUUUUUUUUUUUUUUUGAAUCUGGAUGCUGUUCAUCGUAAAUUCCUUGAUAUGUGGAAGGAAGUGAUCAGGUCCUAUGAUUCAUGUGACCCUGGCUCCUCAGAAUGAUUCCAUAUCAUUAUUUUCUGUUCUGUCUUUCUGUUGAUGACCCAGCCCCAUUCAAUUCCUGUAUAUGAUGCACCUUAAUGGCAUAUAGUCAUGGUACUGUUAAAUCAUGAUGUCAAUGAAAGCUAGGCAACACUGUCUGAUAAUGGAAAGGGUACAAAGAAACCUCCGUUCCAGUGUCCACACAAAAAUAAAUAAAUAAAUAAAUACAGAGAGACUUAUUUUUAACUGAGUCUUAUUCUGUAAAGGAACUCUUCAAACCCUUCUUACUUCCAUAGCUAUAUCCCUGCUGUGCCCUAGCACACCUGUGGUCAGAGUUGUUAGAAUUUUAUUCCCCUGAUAAGUUCAGUGCUUUUUCAAUUUGAAACUCUCUUGCUAUAAGGCAUCACUCCUUAAUCACAGAAAGACGAAAAUCUCUUUUUAAUUUCCUAAGAUUGCAUGGCUCUAACAGCAGCAACAACAAUCUGUACUGUUAAAGGUAGGUUGACUGUAAUUUUUAUGUUAUUUUAAUUGUCCAUAUUACAGUCCUGAGAAUUAAGCCUAAUUCAUACCAGCUUUUCAAGAAAACCAUUUCCUAACAACUCCUGCAUUUAGGUCCUGGGACGUGAAAAUUUAUGUAAAGUUGACAGAGACUCUUCAAUAGAUCAAGAGUUUUGUGAAGAGUAGUAUUGCAAAAUAUAUUUAUAUUUUUUUUCACUUUGUAUGUUAAAUCAAGACAGCAAUGAACCAAGAAAAACACAAGCAAAGUCAAGAGCAUCCAGUGCUAUUAGAGACAGUGUAAAAGCUUUUGAAUGCUAAAAACCUGUCAUCAGUAAAUUAAUUCAGACUGUUAGAAUAUAUCAUCUGAAUUAUUCUCCACCUGUGGACUUGUGUAAUUAGUUACCAAUGAGAUUAUUCAUGAGAAUACAGGUGUUACAUGGACUGCCAUCUUAAUGAGUAUGCUACCUAUAGCCACGUGUAUCAUGUAUUAUUAGAAUUCAUAGGGUUUGAAUGAUGUCCAGUUUCUUCAGUAUUUUAGGUUACACUUCCACCCUUAAAGCUAAAGAUGGAGUCUUAUUUCUCAGUACAUACUACGUGCAGAUACAUGUAUUGCCAAAAUACUAUCCACUAUACAGUAGCUAUGUUUUAGGUGGGCCAACAAAUAAAUACCUAGGAAGAUAAGGUGUUACAUACAGGAAUUAAAUCUGUCGUGGUUUAACCCAGCCAGCAGCUAAACACCACACAGCCAUUCGCUCACCCUCCCCUCUCCCUCUCUGGGAUGGGGGAGAGAAAUGGGAAAGUAAAGACUGUGAGUUGAGAUAAAGACAGUU